CGCGCGCUCCGCUGAGCUCCCCGCCGCGAGCGUGGGGGAGGCGCUGCGUUCCGCUUUCCUUUAUCGGGCGCGCGCCGCGGCGGGGCCGUUGGGGAAGAUGGCGUCUCUGCUGCCGCGCAUUGAGCAGCUCUCCGCGCGGGUGGUGCGCGUGCUGGGCUGUAACCCGGGCCCCAUGACCCUGCAGGGGACCAACACCUACCUGGUGGGCACCGGGCCCAGAAGGAUCCUUAUUGACACAGGAGAGCCAGGUAUACCUGAAUAUAUUGGCUGUUUAAAACAAGCACUGACGGAGUUCAGCAUCUCAAUCCAAGAAAUUUUAGUAACACACUGGCACCAUGAUCAUACUGGAGGCAUAUCUGAUAUUUGUAGAAGCAUCCACAAGGGUUCUGAAUAUUGCAUAAGUAAGCUUCCACGCACUCCUCAUCAUGAGGAAAUAAUAGAAGGAGAAAAGUUAAAGUAUUCAUACCUGAAAGAUGGAGAUGUGUUAAAGACUGAGGGAGCCACACUCAGAGUUUUAUAUACACCUGGGCACACUGAUGAUCAUAUGGCCUUGCAUCUUGUAGAAGAAAAUGCUAUAUUUUCGGGUGACUGUAUUCUAGGAGAAGGAACAGCAGUAUUUGAAGACUUGUAUGACUACAUGAAAUCACUGGACAUUCUGUUGCAAAUGAAAGCUGACCUAAUAUACCCUGGACAUGGUCCAGUAGUACAUGAUGCAAAUGCUAAAAUUCAAGGAUACAUUUCUCACAGAAAUGCACGUGAACAACAAAUCCUAAAUGUUUUGCAGGAGAAUGCUGGAAAAUCAUUUACAUCAAUGGAGCUUAUAAAUAUUGUAUACAAGGAUACUCCUGAAAAUUUACUUAAAGCAGCAGAAAAUAAUCUCACCCUUCACUUAAGGAAAUUAGAAAAAGAAGGAAAAGUGUUAAAUGAAGAACCUCUCAACUUCAAAUGGAAAAGUAAUUUGUAAAUGUGGCAAAAAAAAAGAAACAAGAUUAAGAAUAUUCUCAAAUACCUACACACAACUUCUUUAUACAGAUAAAUUAACUUGUAUGUGCAGAACACUGAUGGAGAAUUAAAGGAAUCCAAAUGCAUUCAGCUGAUAAGUAAAAUCAGAACAACUAUUUUGUCAGAAAAAAAUAAACUAUGUAAUUUUGCUGUUUUAAAUCAAUAUUAUGUAUUCUGUUGUUACAAAGUACUCAGAUAACUAAUGAUUGUCAUAGUCUGAUGGGGAUUAGUCAAAUGUAGUUACUAUGAAUUGUAUGUUCUCUUUUUUUGUAAAAUUGUUGAUGUUCUGUCACCAGUGACAGAAAACAGCUGCUAAAAGUACAAAAGUAUAAUUGUUGAUUACAACUGUAGUGCAAAAGCUGAUUGUGAAGGUUGCAAAGCCAACCUUCAUGAUUUAUUUUCACUUGUUCAUAGUAGUGUAAAAAUAACUUUGGGAUUUGUAGGUGCUCAACCCUUCUGAAAAUCCAGCCAGUUUUAUUAAGGUGUGUAAGUAUUGAUUUUUGGAGCCUAAUUUUAGGCACCCUAAAUUGAAAUUUUUGGCCCCUUUGUGAACUGUUGCUAUUUAAUCUAGAAAUAUUCAAAGCAAGAGCUAAGUGAGCAAAAAAAGAUGUCCAGUUUUUUGUAAUUUCCGAGGAAAAACCUUUCCUAAUAGAUUCAGGGUAAGAAGCUCCUAUUAAGUUUAAUUAUUCAUUCCAGUUGAGACAAAUAUUAAAUAAAAUAAAAUCAUAGAAAAAGUAAUGCAAACAGAAAACUUUGUGUAAUCUGACAUUAUUUCAUUGGUGCACAUAAUCACAUUUUUUUUUAAAUCAUAUAAAGAUGAUUAGAGAUGUAUUGAUCUCUAAGUAGUUGAGGUCCCAGCAGUUUGCCAGUUUUAAUACUGAUCUAUCAAUUCUGCCCUCAGUUACCAAUCAAUGUGAUAUAAAUCACAAAGGUGUAAUAAGGCAAAAAUUGACUCUAAGGAUUUUUAUACUGUCUCUGAUUAACAAUUACACUAGAGUGUUUUAACGGAAAAUAAUGUUGGAUCUGAAUUCUAGUUUUCUGUGUGGCUUAAACUUUUCAAGUAAUUGAAUCUGUAAAUAUUUGCACUGUUCUGCGUAUGCAAAAAGUGUAUAAUAUUCGUAUUGUUUAAAAUGUAUUUUUAAAUCCUGGCACAAAUCUUGUCUGGAAAUGUUCUUGAAAAAUCCUUUAAAAUUGUUCCACCCUAUGUUUUCAUACAUGGCAUGUGCACAUUUGGUCAGAUAGGUUUUUCUAUAUAGGUUUUAGAAGUUGCAUUGUUCCAAAGUUUGUUAACAACAAAUAUAAUAUAAUAUGGAUUAUAGAGAAGACAGCAGAAGGUCAUUCUUGUUGCUCUGUUCUUCUCACUGAUAUCUAACUUUAGAUUCCUCUAGGAAUUAAUUGCCAAAACUGAACAUAUUACAUAAAGUCUCACCAGAGUACUAUAGACCUACCUCCACACUCCUUGGAAUGAUGCUUUUUGUGAAGGCAAACCAUUGAACUCAAAUCAUACUUGCCUGUUCAAGUCUAACCUUUGGCCUGUUGUCAUUCUGAAGUCUUCGACAUUACUGCUUUCAUAGUUUCCAGUCCUGUAUGUUUGUGCAUUGAAUUGAAUUAUUUUUUCUACCCAUGUUUCUACUUUGUCUAGGUCCUUUUGAUUUCUUUCUUUCCUCUUUCUGGUAUUUGGAUUUUCUCAGUUUACCAUAGGUGAAUUUCUACUUACCAUUAUAGUCCUAUUAUUCUGUAGCUAUUUCGUGCAUUUAUUCUCAUUUGUUCCAUUGCUAAAAAUAGAACUUCAAUAUUUUGUGAUCACUUUUUUCCUUUUUUUUUUUUUUAAACUUUGUUUUUUCCUAAUCUUUUGGAACGUUCCAGAGCCAGUUAUUUGAAUUUCAUUUCAGAAAAUAAUGGUCAGUGGUACAUAGAGUAAGUCAUUAGCUAAUUUUGUUAAUAUUUUGUAGUAUCCAUAUUUUUCAAAGUAGCCAAUUUGUAUAUGAUCAAAUGGUGUAAAUAUUUCCCUAUCUCUUUUUAUCGAUAACAAGGUUUUCUUUCCUAUUUAAUCAGUGUUUUAUCUUUUCCUUUUUCAUUAUUUUUACUUAGUAUUAGCCAUUUGCAUCAAUUUCAUCUCCAUUUAUUAAACAACCAACCUGCUUAUUAUAGCUUAUUUUUCUCAGAUCUUAGAUUUGUAAAAUUUCAACCUUAUCAAGCUAGCAUUAACUCAUCCUGCCUUUCUGCCCUCCCCAAUCCUUGCUGGAAAAUAUGAAGCUACAGUCUACCUUACUUCUUUCCUUAGGUAUGAGAGGAUUAAUGCUCUUGUCUGAAGCCAUGAUAUUUGGUCAUAGUGGUCUCUAAGAUAUCCCACACCCCCAGUGUUACUAAAUAGCUCAUUCAAUUUCAGGAGUUCCAUAUUGGUAUUGCAGAAGUGUAAUUUUUUAUCAAUAUUAUGAACAAUAAUUCCUUGUUGCACACCAACUGUUAUGUCAUUAUUGUAUCUUAAAGUCCAGUUUCCACAAUGUAUUGAGAGAUGAGCAUUAUCUGUAACUGAUUUGAUUUAGUCUUUAAGGAUGUCUAGCACUUCUCUUUAUUUGAAUUUUGUGGAAGUUUCGUAAGAGGAGUCAGAAAGGCAAAGGAAAAAUAACACCAAAACACCAUUUGAGACUUGUCAUUCUUGUGAAUGACCAGUUUUGUGGAACCUUUUGCUGUGCUGUCUGAAGUGGCUUGCAACUGUGAGCGCCUGUCUCAGAGCAGCCAGCCACAAAACAGGGCAGACAUGACAAAUCGGUGGUGUGUUCUAUAAUUACAUUUUACCACGCCUGUAACAAAUGUAAACUCCUGGAUCACUGUAGCAGUCCUAGAUUGGAAAGUCUAAAGGAACUGUCUGGGAUUCCAUGUUAUAGUGCCACCCAGACAAACUGAACUUUGUGAUAAAAAGUUAAGACCAAAAGUCACACAGCAUCCCAAGAGAAUAGCCUAUCUGUCAAGGGGUGCGGUCGUGGCCGGGCGCCCCGCCCCCACUGUUGCUUUGUGCUACGUGAAUUACCGCCCGAUCCGGUGCUUCCCGGGCGGAGUGGGGGGUCCGGGCCCACCCUCUCUCCGGACCCCGACCCAGGGCCCUAACACUAAGAGUGGGACUCUCAGUGGUAGCAGGGGGAUUACAAACCCCAAACACGCCUGCUCCCGGGGUUCACGGCCCGCCCUGGGUCUGGUCCACUCCGCCGCCGGCUAUCAGCCGGUGUAGUUACCCUCCACUCCCGCCGUGCCUCCGCUUUCCGCGUCCCUCUCUCAUUCGCGCUCCCUUUGGCCUUCUCGUCCGUGUCGCCCGUCCCCCUCCGGGCUCGGACCCCCUUCCCCGGGUGCCCCGACACCCUUUAUGCUUCCUCUGCCGCGUUCGUCCCCCUCACAAAUGAAAGGAAUUGGUGCAUGAUCAGACACAUCUGUAGGUUAAUAGUUAUAACUGAGGGGGGUGAAUAAUAAUGCUUGGCACUUUUUUAUUUUAGCUGGAUUAUGAUGUCCUCUAAGAAGUUUUUUUUAUAUAGUAAAAUGACAUCCUUUUACUGAGUAUUAUCAAAUCAGCUUUGUAACUGUCAUAUCCAAAAAGACUGUUCCUAUAAUUUAUCAUAAAGGAGCUCUGAGAUGUUUCUCCAUGUGGUUGUCUUAAGGAAUAUGUUUAAAAGUCUAGUUUCAAUUGUAGUUUCAAGUGUAGCAGGAUAAUUCAGGAAUGCAUUGUCUUACAGUUUUGUCUUAAGGGAGUCAUCUUUCAUUACUUCAGUCAUGUUAGUCAUUCAUUUAAUACUUUAACAUUUAGGAAUGUCAAUAUUAAAUUAUUAAAUUCUUUAUGAGUUGUAAUUUUCAGCUUUCUGUAUUGAUUGCUAGCUUACCCAUUUACUAGUUAGCUACCAUGUGAAGUUAGGUCAUGAAAAUAAUGAGCUACACCACUUUACACAAAAUCUCUAGCAUACAUCCUAUCCUUCCUACAUUUUCUAAAUUCUAGUGUAACCUUUGGGUGGGCUAGACUUCACUGCCCUUCUCCUGUGUCUAAAAUAAAAUCCCUCAACUCCCAUAGAAAGUAACUGGAGACCUGGAGCUCAGUCUAAGGAAUUUUAUCCAGGAUAGCAGUGUCACCUCCCCACAUUCAAGUACCAAAAGAGACUAAGGAAAUUAAUUUAAUUAAAUAACUUUAUAAAAUCUUAUGAUGAAGAAACAAUCUAAUUUUUACAACAUAACAUAACCAUUUUAUAACCCACAUUGUCUUCACAGUUACAACUAACAAAUUAAAAAACAAAAGUAAGAUUUGAACAGUUCAGUCCAUACAAAAUACAAUGAGGAGAAACUGGGAGAGCCCAAAAGCUAGAUUUAGUUCACCAAAGUCUCAGUAUGUGUCUCAUCAUCAAAUCUGUACCAGAUGCUGAGCCUGAACCAUCUCUCCACAUGCUUGUAGGGAUCCUCAUUUGGAGUCCAGACAGACUCUUCCUCUGCUGUGGAUCACUUCUAGACAGCCAGUUGAUUGUCUAGACUGUCACUUCUAGACCGUUAACUCAGAAGUGAAAAGACUUAAAGAAAACCCUGUUACAAGAAAAUACA